AUGAAAUUCUUCUCUCUACAUUUCAUUGUGACUCUUCUUCUCCUCCAAUUGCCCUUGUAUUGUUCUAGUUACCUUGACUACGGAAAUGCAUUAUCGAAAUCCAUACUGUUCUUCGAAGGGCAGCGCUCUGGGAACUUACCACAGGACCAGAAGAUGACCUGGAGAGCCACUUCGGGUCUUGGCGAUGGGUGGAUGGUUAAUAAGGACUUGACCGGCGGUUACUAUGACGCCGGCGAUAACAUUAAGUUUGGGUUUCCGAUGGCGUUCACCACCACAAUGUUGGCUUGGAGUGUGGUUGAGUUCGGCGAUAACAUGCCGGCCGGCGAGAAGAGGAAUGCGUUGGUCGCAAUUCGAUGGGCUACGGAUUAUCUCCUCAAGACCGUUUCUCAACCCGACCGGAUUUUUGUCCAGGUUGGUGAUCCAGUUAUAGACCAUAACUGCUGGGAAAGACCAGAAGACAUGGACACAGCUAGGACUGUUUAUACAGUUGAAGCGCCAAAUCCGGCCUCGGAUGUCGCCGGUGAGACUGCUGCAGCUCUUGCAGCUUCUUCCAUGGCGUUUCGAUCGUCCGAUGCCGGAUAUUCCGAGACACUAUUACGAACUGCCACUAGGGAUGAGUUGCUGUGGGGAGCAGCAUGGCUUGGAAGGGCCUCUCAGAAUGAUUCUUACCUCAAUUACAUUCAAAACAAUGGUAAAACACUCGGUGCUGAUGACAAUAUCAAUGAAUUUGGAUGGGACAAUAAGCAUGCUGGCCUAAACGUUCUUGUUUCCAAGGAAGUCUUGGAAGGCAGCAUGUACUCACUCCAAUCUUACAAAGCAUCAGCAGAUAGCUUCAUGUGCUCACUCAUACCUGAAUCCUCGUCGUCCCACAUAGAGUACACCCCAGGAGGGCUCAUAUACAAGCCAGGGGGAAGCAAUUUGCAGCACGCCACGACAAUCACUUUCCUCUUGCUUGUUUAUGCGAAUUACCUAGACCGAUCAUCAGGGACUGUCAAUUGUGGAACUAUCAGUGUUGGUCCAGCGUUGCUCCGGCAGAAGGCCAAGAGGCAGGUUGAUUACAUUCUAGGGGAAAAUCCCAAGGGAAUGUCAUACAUGGUUGGGUAUAGUAACUAUUAUCCACAACGUAUUCAUCAUCGUGGUUCAUCGCUUCCUUCCAUUAAGGAUCAUCCUGAUGUUAUCGCGUGCAAGGAAGGAUCGGUUUAUUUCAACUCAUCAAACCCUAAUCCCAACGUGUUAGUCGGGGCUGUGGUGGGUGGACCUGGGGAAGAUGAUGCUUAUGAGGAUGAUCGAGCUGAUUUUCGAAAAUCUGAGCCCACAACCUACAUCAAUGCACCAUUUGUGGGUGCAUUGGCAUAUUUUGUUGCUAACCCUAAUCCAAGUUAGCACACAUCAUUUUGAUUUUUAGAUAAUUUGUCAAGGAGGACAUUCAUGAUUAGAGAAAGAAGUCUCUCAUCUUGUGCUAGGCAAAGAGGGAAGAGGCCAGUUAUUGUGUUGUAGGAAAAGAAUACAGUCUCAAUGUCUUGUUGUGACAUUUCAUAAAAUGGAUAGAAAAAUGAAAAUUCAAUACCUUUGGUGAG